CCGGCCGAUAGCUCUAAUCUAACCUUCAUCCUCUUCAGGGCUUGGUCAUGUCUGUCGCUUCUCCGACGCUAUUGCCACGCACUGCUGUAUUCCCGACGCUGUUACCUAAGCCGCCGCAGCCGCACCCGUUACCCUUGCCCCGGUAUGGGCAACAACCUGCGCGUUUCAACGCCACACGCGACUUGGCCCGCGAGAUGGAAGAUCUGAGUGAGGAAGAGGACGAUAUGGACGAGUCGAUGGAAGAUAUUAAGAAACGCGGGUAUAACUGGCUUGUGCCAAUAGGCCGUUCCCUCACUCAGCACGAGGAGAAGAACGAUGCCGAUGACCAAAGCGAAGACGAUGACGACGACGACGACGAAGACGAAGACGGCUCAGAUGGCUCAGAAUCUGAGGGAGACAACAACAACACUGAUGCUGACGAGGAAGACGAGGACGAAGAGGAAGAAGAGGAAGAACAAGAUCUCGAUGCCGAUAUGGUGGACAUGGAUGAACCACAGAACAUCUCACUGGUUGACACUGAACCAGAUGACUUUGACCAGAUGGACGCGGAGGAGUCUGGCGCCUUUGAGGAAGGCCCUUCGUCGGAAGUAUAG